UCAGCAACCACCUAGUUUACAACAUGUCUGAAACUGAAUCAGAGCUGGCUUUGUCCAUCUAUAAUCCACAGAACAUGCACGUGUGGACAAAGGAUGUUAACUGAAGUGCAUCAGUACAUAAAGAAGGAUAAUGAGUGAGUUCCGAGUGGGAGGGCUUUUGUUUACCUCCAAAUUUGACUCUGGUAACUUGGCUCGAGUUGAAAAAGUCUCCAAAGAUGAAGAUGAGGAAGAUAAUGUCAAGUAUUAUGGGGAGCCCAAGGCAGAUUAUGAGUUUAAUGUGUGGACACACCCAGACUGUCACGGCACAGAGUUUGAGAAUGGAAAUAGGUCCUGGUUUUAUUUUGGCAUCAGGGGUUGGUCUCCAAACCGCUUAAUCAAAAUCAACAUCAUGAAUCUCAAUAGACAAGGAAAACUUUACAGUCAGGGCCAUUGUCCAUUUACAAGAACUGUUCCAGGCAAGCCAAGAUGGGAGAGGAUAAGAGACAGACCAUCGUAUGAGAAUGCCGAUGGACAGUUUAUCUUGACCUUUACAUAUCGUUUCCUGGAUGUGAAGGCAGCCAUCACUUACUUUGCCUUUUGUUACCCAUGGUCCUAUAUGGAACAGCAAGAGAGGCUGAAUGAGUAUGACAAAAAAUUCUCUCUCUGCAAGGAACUUAGUCCUUCCAGUCCAAAGGACAGUAUCUACUACCACAGAGAACUGCUGUGUUACUCAAUAGACAAGUUACGCAUUGAUCUGGUGACCGUUAGUUCUUGUCAUGGAAUCAGUUCAGAAAGCGAGCCUCGUUUUGAUCACAAUCUGUUUCCAGAGAAAGACGUUCCCAGGUGUAAAAAGUUCAGGGGAAAAAGAGUGUUCUUCCUAAGUAGUCGAGUUCACCCUGGAGAAACUCCGGCCAGUUUUGUAUUUAACGGAUUCUUAGAAUUCAUCUUAAAAGAAAAUGAUCCACGUGCCAAAGCUUUAAGAAGACAAUAUGUAUUCAAAUUUAUCCCUAUUCUGAACCCCGAUGGGGUUCAAAGGGGACACUAUAGAACAGAUCAGAGAGGUGUGAAUCUGAAUAGGUUGUACUUAGAUCCCAGUGUAGACCUUCAUCCAUCUAUCUACGGUGCUAAAAGUAUGUUAGUCUAUCAUCAUGUGAAAAACAGGGUAGUACGAGAAAACGACAAUGUGAACAUCCGUAUUAACUUUCCAGGUCACAUUCUGACCUCUAGUCCAGAUGUCCCAACCCCCCGAAAAGAAGUGGUGCAUCAUGACGCGGGGGACCUCAACAAUCACAGCAAGGGGGCUGUCAAUGGUGCUUAUUCUGCUGGGAGGGACAAAGUUGUUCACAACGGACAUGGGGAUCCAUUUUCGUUACCCCCUAAGGAAAACUCUUGGGUCAGUCAGACCAGUUCUCAUGAUGGGGGUCUAAUGCCUCCUUCUGGGAGGUUGAAAAUCGAGCCGUUGAAUCUCGGGGAUUUGGACAGAAUGGACACCACAUUAAGUGAAUCUCGUAAACUGAUGGGCAAUGACAGUAUUCACAUGUCGUCUUCCUGUAGCAGUGUUCUCAGCAAUGUGACUCUGAAAAACGAGAGGAAGACAGUUGACAGUGAACUCCGUCUGCGUCUAUCAGAACUGAACAUGUCUGACGAUUGUCGUGGGAAAAUGACAGGACUCAGCAUGAUGACGUCACUGAGUGUGGGACUUAACGACUCGGACAUUGAGGAUCUGUAUAACAAUGAACACCUGGGUAACGAGGGCUCGGAAGAUGAGGGUGACUUUGUGCCCUCCUUUGGUAACAAUGCCCCCCAUCUCUCUGACCCCUCCCUACAUCAGAUACCUCCCUCAGACAGUGGAAUAGCUUUCUAUGUGGAUCUACACGGGCAUGCCUCUAAAAGAGGGUGCUUUAUAUAUGGGAAUUAUUUUGAAGAUGAAGAUACUCAGGUAGAUAAUAUGCUCUUUCCAAAGCUGAUCUCUAUGAACACUGCACAUUUUGACUUCACUGGGUGUAAUUUCUCUGAGAGAAACAUGUAUGCUAAGGAUAAGCGAGAUGGAAUGUCCAAGGAAGGCAGUGGUCGAGUGGCUAUCCACAAAGCAUUAGGAAUCAUCCACAGCUACACCUUGGAAUGUAACUACAACACGGGGAGAAUGGUUAAUCCCGUCCCCCCAGCCCAGGGUGAUGAUGGCAAGGCCACACCUCCCCCUGUUGCUGGAUUCCCACCUAAAUACACACAAGCUCACUAUGAAGAAGUUGGUAGAGCCCUUGCCAUUGCUGCAAUAGAUUGGAAUGAGAGUAACCCCUGGUCUCGGAUUGGUAUGUCUGAACACAACCAUCUUAAUGGGGUCAAGGAGAGUGUUAGACGUUACAUCAGGAGCAUGAGGGGUGGGCCCAGGAUCCCACGAAAUCCCUCAAAAACUUACCUCAGAAACAAUAGUGUCACCAGUAACAACAGUAAUAAAUCAAAUGUUAACCAAAACAAUCGAUUACCAUUUUCUCGGAACAACUCCAAUGAUACCAGUGGCAUAAGUAAUAACGGACCUGGCUCUAGAUUUAACAGUGGGGCCAAUAAUAAUAAUGGGCCCAACUCCCGAUACAACACCGGUUCUACUAAUAAUGGGCCCUCCUCCAGAUUUAACAGCAGUACAAGUAAUGGGGGAUCAGCUUCCAGGUUUAACAAGAGGGACUCCUCCGCUAACAACCCCCCAAAGAGAGAGCUGGGACCUGUCAGGGAAGCAGCAAGACCUAAUCUAAAUACUCAACCACAACAGCAAAGGAAACGGCCCACACCGACAAAUUACAUGCCGAUACAGACGUCAAGAUCCACCAGUAACCAGCCGGUAACCUUAGCGAUGACCACUGCAGACGUUCAUUCACAGAGACAGUACUCAGCUGACAAUGCCACAAAGAUAUUGGACGAAGAAACACUAAACCCACUCAAACAUGUCAAUCUUCUUGCCAUAGCAAAGAAACCUGGGCCCCCUAGUCGAAUACCCUUACCCACAGGUCAGCAGUUCAUGCAGCUGAGCUCCCCAACAGUUGAGCUAUCUCCCCCACGAGUGCCAAAUCGCAGCGGUAGAUACACCCAGAGAACACCCCAGCCCUACCCUGUCAGGAAAGCUAGUGCUGAGAUCAUCUCUUUGAACAAUGACUCCCCCCUCGGUUCUCAUGGGACAGGUUUGACUAGUGUGACCCCUGGGGAUCUUCCUCCUACCACCCCAGGCAGUAACCACCCUCCUGCCAUCCCCACCCCUCCCACAGAAAUGAAUGGACUGGACAAUCCAAACAGUGAAAGUGCAAAGCGUCGGCGGCGGUACAUGUACAUGAAGAGAAGAAUGGUGAACCAGAGUCCCAAACUAGGAAGCGCCUCCAAUAAAGGUCAGCCCAAGACAGGAGACACAAAUAGUGAGACAGAGCGUGCUAAGAAUAGACGUAGAAGGCGUAAAUCCCUGCGAAAAGUUAACCAAUCUCCGUCUUCAGAUGAGACGGGGCAAGUUAAUUUUGGCACAAGUUCUACGGGUGGUGGAAAACAUGGUAUCGAGGGCAGUUCUCUCGGACUGUCGCCAAGGGUUCUUGCAAUAAGUAGGACUCAACAACCCCAGUUUUUACGACUACCCAGACACUCGUCUCCCCCUCAGACAGUUAUCGACUCCAAUCAGAAAACAGCUUAACUCCGCGCCAGAUUCCUCUACUGUGAUGUACCUGGAUAUCCAAAGAAAGACCACCUCAUCCAAGUCUCAGCGAGAUCAUAGGUUCUCCCCGAGUAAACUCACUGUCUUCUGGAUUGAUGAUUGAGACCAGAGA